AUGGCUUCGCCAACUCUCAGUCAGCGCCGCCGUUUUACGGCCAAUCUUGAGAUCUUCCCCCCUCAACAAAACCACCCAUCACCCUUAGCAUCGCACCCUUCGAAAUUGACCCGACAAAGUUACACUGAUCUGGACCUACCUAGAGACUCUGGGUAUGGCUCAAUCCGACCUAAAUCUGCGUCGAACCUGAUGACUACACGAACAAGUUAUCUGGGAGGCGACCUACACGAUAGCUACGACAGAGAUGACGGCGUUAUGGGUCACCGUCGUCGUGAAGAUGUCGCUGCGCUUGUUGAAUUCUUCCGCAACCACGAGCCCCCUCCAAGCAACUUGAUGACCGUUGCCGAAGAGGAGCGAGGCAAAUGGAACAAGCUCCGAAAGACCUCCAAGCAGCGAAACAAGUCAGUCGGCCGAAUUUCCCACCCUAUUCGACUUCCAGACUCUGCUGUUUCUGGAACUACGAUUGGUGGGCAUCGCCAUAUCGCCAUUUCUAUCCCUCUAUCGGCCGAUCCGUUUGGCGAGAGACCACGAUCGCAAUACCCUGUUUACCCUACUGAGGGCCAAGAAGAGAGCCCAGAAGAGAAGACACAAGAAGAGACUACAUCCGUAUCGAACGAACCAGUUCGUUCCUUUGUCAAUGAGAAAGGAGUAGUGACUGUUGUUCGAGAAAAUUCUACUUCCAAGCGAACGACAUUGCUGGCACCAAUCAAUCCCAGUCCUCUCUCUUCUCACCCGCCCUUCUCUCCUGGUUUUAUCUCCCAAUUCCCUAAACCGCCUUCCAGUCGUCCCACAUCGCCCCUACGACCUCCAUCGCAGCGAGAAUCAACACAGUACUUGAACAAGCCACUUCCUCCGCUGUCGGAGCGGCCAAUGCUGCAGAAGCGCUCAGUUUCGGACUCAGAGGAGCAACGUCGUCGCAGCAUCAGCUCUACCGCGCUACCUGCUGGAGAGUUUUCACGAGCUGCUUAUCCUGCUCGGGGCUCGAGCAUUGCGGCCACUCGCUUAGCCCACCAUCCAGCGAACUCGAUCGAUCACAUCAUCACUCAAUCUACAGGCGCAUCAGCCCAACCUCAAGACAGUCCCUUCGCUCGCAGCAAUACUGGCAGACGCUCUGGAACCCGUGAAGGGCCACCAGUAUCAUUCUCAUCGAAGUCACUCCGUGCGAAGUCUUCUUCCAGCCUUUCAGAUGAUGCUAUGGCUGAUGAGCGACGACAGUCUAAGAAGAAUUCGAUCAUUAGGCUCACCACUGAUAGCCCGGUGGUAACUCAUGCUCGAGACUCUGUAGCCUCCAACACUUCUAACGCCUCUGUCAGCCGCCGAGACAGAGUCCGUGAGAAGAAGCGUAGAGACAUCGAGGCCGCGAAGCAAGCGCGUGAGCAGAAACAGAAAGAAGAAAGCGGUGACACUCCAGCGACUACCGAGGAGAGCGAGACCAAGUCACAGCCGACUCUUUGUGCCAUCAUGGUGGUAGCCAACAUUCAGCCCGAAGGAGAUGAGACACCGGCGGCUCAGCCUGCUGUAACUGAGGAGAAGCCAGUUGUCGAAACUGACAGGGAAAAGGUCGACGAUAUCACUCGCAGCACUUCGCCACAGCCGUCGCAUCUAGAUCUGAACGAAUCAAAGGCCCUAGUAUGCACAGCUAACCCUACCCCUCCACAGUCAGCCGGCAGCUCACCCGCACAACAUUAUGGAUUCCAAGACCGUACAUCCCUCAGUAGACGCCGAGAAUGGAACGCAAUGCGUGAGCAGGAGAGGAAAAAGAGAGAGCGUGCAGCCUCGGCUCGUGAGUCGAAGUCUCGCGCUGUUGUUCCCGCUGAUAGAUAUGACGAGUCUGGGGUAGACGCAGAGAUGGAAAUCAUCCGUCUUUACGAAGCCUACAGAGAUCACCGAAUGCUCGAUAUGGACCGACGCCUUCGACGCCUUGAACGCAACGGAGACGUUUGGGUGCAGGCUCUCAUCCCGCUCUUGGACGACAUGAAUGACCGCCACGCCGAAGAAAUGGGUCGUGAUUGGGCAUCCGAUGACGAUAUUUCCUCCAGCACCAGCCGUGGGCUGCCAAUCGAGGAGAAGUGUCGUGUCGGCAAAGUCUCGAGCGGCCGCAAGCGCGCAGAAAAGGCACAGCGCCAACGUGCGGCAUCUUGGGACAAUGCUGAGGACAGCAUCGUCGAAGACUUGACAGGCAUGGGCGCGAUGGAGCCACUCAUGAGGGAUCUGCUGGACGAGGCCAAGACGAGACAGCAGCAGCCAGUUCCUUCGUCGCGAUUCAGCACACGCGGCAAGCCUGUACAUGCUAUGUAA